AUGACGAGAAAAGUCGAGGCAGACACAACACAUGAAAAGAUCGAAACAUCGCUGAAAUGUCUCGUGAACAGGACGAACAGGGAUGAAAGAAGACGAAGACGUCGGAGGGCCAGACUAACAGGUCUAAGCCAGCAACGCCAGACAGCCAAUGCCAGGGAAAGGGGGCGUACGCGAAGUUUUCACGACGCACUGGUUGAUUUGAGAUGCCACAUUCCGAUCCCAGUACCCGCUCCAAAUAAUAGAAAAUUGUCGAAGAUUGAAAUCCUACGACUUGCGGUUGACUACAUCAGAUAUUUAACAGGUUUGUUGGAAGAGACAUCUAACAAAUCGGAUCAAAAUGGCGAACGUGCUUUAAAGAUAUAG